UUGUACUGGAUCCAAUCGUCCGUGGAAAAAGUGUACAGAAGUGAGAACACAUGUUUCGCGAGACGGGCGGCUGUACACAGCAACAACUGCGAGUUGACACUCGACAUCCAGGGAAGGCGUCGAUGCUGGUUGUAAAUAAAGGGCGAUUCAACGGGAGGACGGAGCGGCACCGGCUCCUCGUCUCGGCUCAACCCACUUCUUAAAAAAGUCCCUCCCGAGAUGGACGUAAAAGUCCACUUGUUCAGAGGAAACGGCUCGAUAAACAAAUAAAUCAAACCCCUCAAAACACUCAUCGCCCCCUCGGAUUAAAAUGUUCAGUAAAAAGCUUCAUGCGGAUAUUAAAAAGUCAACACAGAAAUUGCAAGAUCCGAAAAAAGACACCGCCACUCGGUUCAAACAUCUUAGAAUCAUUUUAGAACAUGUUGAUGUGGAAGAAGCAAAAGCGAUAUUUGAAAAUAAUUACAACCACAUUUACUACAUAUUUUAUGAUAGCUUCAUAAAUGCAGAAACGAAUCUCAGACAGAAAGAAUUGCCUUUUCACUUGGUGCACAAAGCUCAUAGAGAAGAACUGGAAGCUGUACUAGCUGUGUUAGAUAAACUUUUGACGUUGCUUCCAGAAUUAAUUUCAAAGAGAUGGCAGUCGCACAGCCUUACUAGGUUAAUUGCAAAAUUAUUGCACCAUGGAAACUCGCAUAAACUCAGAAGAGAAGCAAUAAGGUAUUUCCUUUUGUGGUACCAAAUUUUAGGCGAUAAUAGCCAUGAAGAGGCCAAUACACUUUUUACUAGUCUUGUUCCUGGUUUUCAUAAGUCACAUCUUGACCAUGCUGGUAGUAAUUCAACCGCUAUCUUUCAUGAUAAUUUCCAUGGACCGAUAUCUGUCGUUGAAAUACAGUCAGUAUAUCCGCCACAAAGCGGUGAACGCUCACCAGAUGAUCUUACCAAAUUUUAUAUGGAUGCAUUGCUUGAAUUUAUGGUGACUCAGGUAUCGAGAAUUGAAUGGAAAGAUAAAGCUUACAAACAGUCCAAGUGUUUCACGUUUCUUUUUGACCGCUUUAAAGAAGUUUACUUACCUCAAAUUUUCCCCAAUUUCUCAUCUAAUACUAACCUUUUUAAACCGUACUUAGAAAUUCCAUCAAUGAGGACACAUACCAAUGUUGAUAAUGGUAAACUACCUGAUCCAAUCAUAAACUGCAAAGUAGCUGUAAUAAAAUGGAUUGCAAAUUUUACACAUUUAACCAAAACACACCCAGUCCCUCAGAUAGGAAGGUCUGCUAGUGUAACGCCUAAUGAAAGCGAGGGAGAAAGAUCGCCAGGCUCAGAACUAAGAAGAGUAAGUGUCGGUCAAGCAGGUAAUGACACAGCAGUCAAUGCACCGUUCACUCCUCCAUUUGAUAUUCAUUUAAGCGAGGAUCCCAACCUGUCCGCAUUCCAGACUGUCAGGGAUGUACUAUACUCAAACAGGGACAACGUGAAUCUUAUACACGAAAUAUAUCGGCAGGCGUUUCUCUUGAAUUUUUCUUACGCACCGGCUAUCCGAAGGGCUAUCACUGUUUACAAAGACUGGAUUCAAAUGAAUGUUAUAGAAGUACCACCGUUUAUGUUGGAACCUGUUGAAAGCAAAAGUUCUGGACCUUCUUCAGUGGACUUUUCUAGUAUCGAAGGGCCAGAUGACUAUUCCAAAUUAUCAAAGUUAAGGAAUGAUUCUUAUUUAGGAGCUAUUAGCAAAGAAAAUUUCCAAAUUCGAGCUGGCCUGCAGAAUGUUUUACAAGUUUUCAUAACAGAUGCGGCCAAUGUGUUUUUGUUAGAAGUUAAUCCCGAUUCGCUCGACCUCCUUGACGAUCAAGUCGAAAUCUGUAAAAGAGUUCUGAAUAUAUACAGAUAUAUGGUUAUGCAUACACAUAUGGAGGCUAAAACUUGGGAACAACUGCUUAUUAUACUACUACAUAUCACCUCCCUUAUAGUCUCUCCUACUCCACCAAAGAAAAAAGAAGAAACACUCGGAGGAAGGCUCGCUCCUGCAAUCUUUCAGACGUUGAUAGUGACUUGGAUUAAAGCAAACCUUAAUGUCGUCAUUUCCCAAAUUCUUUGGGAUCAAUUCUUUAGCGUUCUAAGCAUGUUGACUCAAUGGGAAGAACUCAUUAAAGAAUGGGCGAAAACACUUGAAACAUUGACACGAGUACUCGCCCGCCAUGUUUAUAGUUUGGAAUUGACUGAUUUACCUUUGGACAGAUUGAGUGAACAAAAAGCCAAACGUCAAAGGAAAGGAGUUUGCGGUACAAAAACGGGAAAAUCAGAUGCAAUACCACCGGUGGAUCCUGAAAAUAUGAGUAAAGCAUUGCCUACAGCAAGAGACAAUACAACAAACAUCGAAAAAGAAGGAAAUUUAAGGCGUACUACUAGUGAAGUUAAUGUCGCAUGGGCUAGAAGAAAAAUUUCUUAUCAUCUCCAAUCCCCAAAUAUUUCUGGCGUAUGUGAACUUGACUUGGAAGAUGACCGAUUGCCUGCUCUCAGCCAUUUAGGAUUGGAAUCUCGACUGAAUCGAAAAUGGCAUUCAGUGGAUUCUUUAAGAGCAGUUAGGGUGAACGUUGAUUAUGAUUCAGAGUGCGCAACGAGGACACCGUCUCCUGCACCAUCGAGUGGAGUUGAAAGCAAUUCAUUCAAAGAUUCUCCAAUGCAAUUGGAUGUACUGAACAACGAAGGUGAUUUAACAGAAAAUACUGAAGAUGGAAAAUCAGUUAUGAGUGGUGGUACUAUCCGUGGUUGGUUGCCAGAUGUAGCGGCAAUCCUUUGGCUGAGAAUGCUAGGAGCCCUUGGAGACAUAAACAAAAUACAAAUGCCAGUUUUGCACUAUAACGUAUUUCUUUUUCUCAUUGAUCUUUUUGAAACACUUGCCAAGAUAAGACUUAAUCAAGGAAUUCCGAGUGAUUCUCAGAUAACUCCCGCUCCUCCAGAAUUAGUGCCCCCUCUUACUAUUUUCGCACCGUGGAGUUUUCAGUCUCUUAAUCUGUCUGAAGCAUAUCAUAAGGGGAAAUUGUGUGCAUUACGGUUGUUAUGUAAUAUGACCGUUCUAAAUCAUGAUGUGCCAUUACAUCCUAAACAUCUGUCCCUUUUUUAUUCUAUGCUUCACAAGGGGUUGCUUUCCAAAGAUCAAACAGUCAUUAAUACUCUUAUCAAGCAUUGUGGCCCUCGGUUUUUCUCAAUUCAGCUACCUGGUUUUUCAUUGCUGAUUGCAGAUUUUAUUGAAGCGGCAAAUUCUGUGAUAUCUUCAUCUGAUUUGAGAACGAGCCCUCGAGUAGAGGCCAUUUCUAUUCUUGGAGCUUUGUUAUCGUUUCCUGAUUAUUUAUUGGAGCUUCCAGUUUUAGAAGCAAAUCCGGAUGUCAUGAGGGCAUCAAAAUGUCCCAAUUUAAAGGAUGAAGUUUUGAAAACGAUUUUGAGCGCGGGCAAAACAGAAGGUGCAGGUGUAGCACGUUGCAUAGCGUUAUCAAAUCUUGGCAUUUUUUUACAUCAAGAGUUGUUAAGGGGUGCAAAACAUCCCAAAAUUAAAGAAGCAAUCAAUACUCUUUUGCUUGCACUUAGGUUUAAUCAUAAAACAGUCGCCCAAACGGCUUCAGAUGUGUUACUCCUAUUGUGUGACCACGCUGAUGUUUUAUUAAAUCGAUUUCCAGAAAUACCACCGAGAAUCGUUGAAGUUUUGGUCGGAACUUUAAAUCAUCUGAUGCCAAUUGGUGACAGUGAUAAAAGACUUUUGACUUCAUUGGUAUUCUGUUUAGGAGAGUGGACGAUGAACAUUCCUCUCAAUCAACUUGUAAAUGUCCACAAUCGCACAUGUUUAUUAAACAAUGUUUUCAAGGUUUUAGAUGACUUGAGUGAAGGCGGGAAAGGACGAGGUGUGCAAGUUGGAUCAUUCCAUCCUGAUCUAAUCCAGGAAUUUAAUCCGAAUAUCAGUUUUGACGAUUUAAAGCAACAAGAUAUUCCACCAACAAGGAGAACAAUAUUUGCCUCAAACCCAGCAUCGCCGGCUCAUUUAAUUUCCACAGCGCAUUCCAUUCAACUUGCUGCUAGACUUGUGACCUCACAUUUGGUGAAUAACUUAGGCCAUUUUCCUCUUACAAACGGAGGUGCAAAUCUCGGUUCAAUAGUCGUGGAACAGGAUGACGUCGUCGGCCUUCCUGCUGACCAAUUGUCAUUACAAUUAUUUACUGUUCCAAACAUUCAGGUACUUGUUACAAGCCUUCAGCAGCUUGUUUCUUUGGUCGAAGUCCCAGCAUUAGACGUUCCUGGAGGCAGUGUGGCUCAAGGCUUGGUGUCAGCUCCAUCUCAAGUCAGAGUUAUUAUCAGGGAUCUGGCAGGAAAAUCUUCGUGGGAUGCUUCAGCGCUGUACACAGCAUCCCAAGAAUCUUCUGAUUCAGAUACAGCUUCUUUUUGUUUUGAUGUCAAUUGCACUGACGUAAAUGUUAAUAAUUCAAUAAUGAAUUCGCUGAGUGUAUGCUCACUGCCGCAACAUACGUUAAGGCACCGAGAGCCUUAUUUGCUUCCGACGUACUCAAAUUCAGCUGAAGACAUGGACAACUUAGAUGAUCUAUUGCAAUACAUUGGAUACUCUUCUCCAGAAAUAUUGGAGAGUUUGGAUAUUCCUAGAAAUGUACCUUCAGCACCUUUAUGUGCAGAUUUGGAGCAGGAAGCAAUGGGUUCUAUUUUAAGCAUGCGUAUAAUGCAACAAGAUUAUAUUAGCAAUUCAGCUAAUCAAAUACCAAGUGAUAUUGGAAUAUCCGAAGCACCAGUUGAAAAAUGUGAAGAAGCACCGUUUCAAUACUGUCGCCUCCUAUUUUCUCAGUUUGGAAUGCAUGGCUGGGAUCUACGUUCUCAGCUGUUUUUGGUUGACAAAAAUGACAAACUUCUGAGGGAAAUGAGGAAUCUUGAUUCACAAAGAUGUCGUCAAACACAUAAAGUUGCGAUAAUUUAUGUCGCACACGGUCAGGAGGACAAAAACUCAAUAUUAUCUAAUUCAGGAGGAAGUCAUGCUUAUGAAGAAUUUAUCGCAGGUCUGGCUUGGGAGGUGGAACUAGAAACACAUAUGGGAUUUAUGGGAGGUUUACAGCGGAAUAAAAUGACCGGAAUAACUGCGCCAUACUACGCCACUUCAUUCACUGAAGUCAUGUUACACGUUUCAACAAGGAUGCCAUCAUCAACCCCUGAGGCUUUACUUCAAAAGACAAGACAUUUGGGAAAUGAUGAAGUGCAUAUUGUUUGGUCUGAGCAUACAAGGGAUUAUAGGCGUGGUAUCAUUCCUACUGAAUUUUGUGACAUUUUAAUAGUAAUCUAUCCUCUGCCACAUCAGCUUUAUAGAAUUCAAGUAUCUAGGAAAUCAGAUGUUCCAUAUUUUGGCCCUUUGUAUAAUGAAGCGAUAGUCGGCCAUCAAGAACUGCCCGGCUUGGUGAGAGCGACUGCAUUGAGUGCUUCACGAGCAAAACGUAGCAUGCUUCAAUUUUAUCAGCAAUAUUAUGAAGAACGAGGCCGUUCUUUAGAAACAGUUAUUAAAAAUCACAAAAAGCCUUCAACCUUUGAAGAAUUCACUGCAAACAUAUUCUCACCUCUUCAACCCACUGCUGAACUUAAUUCCCAGCAGAAACAUCCUGGUUCCAUACAUCCUAUUAUGGAAGACGGUUCGGUUUCAUCAGCAGGAUCGAACGGCAGUUCGACUCUCGCAGCUUUAUUAGAUUCUACUACACAUAAAAUGGCAUACAACUCUCAUGCCGGGGGAGGAGGCGAAGAUACAGGAAGUUGGGCCAGCGGAGAAGGCGGGGACAUUUCCUGCAACCCAGGCAUUUCUCCCAGACCUCAUAAAAAGUUAGUCAUAAAAACAGGACAUCGUAGACAGCAUAAUCAACCUAUGCUAACACCGCCUGAUAGUCCUGUAUCUAAGAGAUCUAAAUAGUUAUAAUAACUGAAUAAUUUGUUAGCAUCAUUAGAAAAUAACUGUUUCUAAAGCCCCACAUUUUGUGAUAGUAAUAAGUAAGUAACAUGUGUACUUACAUUAUUUAAUAUUUUGUUGAGAUGUAUAGUUUUAUAAAUGUGCGUGUGUGUUUGUGUGUGAGUGCUUUCACACAUUCAGAAAAAUUGACAAAAGACAAUGCUAAGAGUCGUUUUACAAUAUGAACUUGUGUAUUACAACUUGAGCAUUUUUCGGUAAAGACAGACCCGUUCAAAUUAUAACUUGCCAACUAGGGGAAGACACAAAACCGUCUUGGUUUUCAUCCUCGCUUGUCGUCUGGCUUUUGUCCACUCAAUAUGGUAGGACAGUCAUAGCACCCGUGCUUAUCGAAUAUGUAUGGACAUAGUUUAUUGAAUGCCCGUUGGAGGUAGCUUCUCCUUUAGACACCAUGAUGAAGGCGAUUCUGUCAAGCUGUAACAACUGUGAUUAAUAUGUACUGUUUUAAAUUUAAAUUUUAAUGGCUUCUUGCCAAAAAAUUGCAUGUUGGUUUGUUAAUUAUUAAAUAUAACUUGUAUAACAUUAAAUUUUCUUGUGAUAUUUCAACUUUUAUUUUAUAUUACUUAACACACACAAAAAAAACCGUCCAUAUAUGUAUUCAGUAUUUUAAAAAUAUAAUAUCCUAAUUUGAAGAUCAUUUUUUUGAUAUUGUUUAUAUUUUGUAUCAUUUUAUUUAUAUUUUAAU